UCAUGCCCAACUCUUUGUGCAACAUCAUACAAAACCACAGGUGAGUGAGGUGUGGGAAACCACAUGUUCAUUCGGUUAUGCGAAACAAUUGGUCAGUCUGGAACCGAAAAACGAAAGAUCAUUCAGGUGUACAAAACUACAGGUCAGUUGUGUCUACAAAACCACAUGCUAGUUCGGUAUACAAAACCAUACGGGGAGUCAGGUAUACAAAACCAAGGGUCAGGCAGCAAUACAAAACCACAGGUCAGUCAGGUAUACCCAAAGGCAGGUCAGUUAUUUAUACAAAAACCACAUGUUAGUCGGAUAUACAAAAAACGGCAAGUCAGUCAGCGCCGUGUUGCUGGACGAUACAAGCGGUUACCCAAACAAAUGAUUCUAGUUGUUCUGUCGCCUUUUCUUUGAUUAAAACGGUUGGUAAAGACUUGUAGCAGACUCGCCAGGAAGAUAUCCACCAAGACCAUCGCUUUCUCCCUCCAUUGGCAGCUUCAGCUUUUCCAGUGUGCCUCAAAUUCAUUCGUCGAUCCCAGGGCUGCCAACACACCUUGGGAAAUUUCCCAAGAUCUUGGGAAUUCACUACCCCAUACAGGACCAAAACUCAUUUUUUAAAUAAAAAUUCCCAAGAUCCUUAAAAAAAAAAAAAAAAACUCUCAUAUAUUUUUAUGUUCUUGGGAAAUUUUGGGAAAUGUUUUGACCAAAUCUAGGUAAUUAAAAAAAAAUUGAAUGGUAACAGGGCUGCAAACACACCUUGGGAAAUUUCCCAAGAUUUUGGGAAUUCACUACCCCAUACAGGACCAAAACUCAUUUUUUAAAAAAAAAUUCCCAAAAUCCUUAAAAAAAAAAAAAAAACUCUCAUAUAUUUUUAUGUUCUUGGGAAAUUUUGGGAAAUGUUUUGACCAAAUCUAGGUAAUUAAAAAAAAAUUGAAUGGUAGCCCUGGUCGAUCCAUAGUAAAAAAAAAAAAAAAACAUUUUAAAACUCUGUUAUUACUGGUAGAAAGUUAACAUAAAUCUAAUCAGCUCGACCAGCAAAACCAAAAAGAACAAAUCCAGUAUGUUUUGGGUACCACAGCUGUUCAAAUGAUGGACGUGGUCAAAAUCAACAUUCGCGUUCAAGAUGCUUCAGUACUGUUGCUUAAGCAGCAUAGUGAAUAUGUAUGUUAUUAGUACAAUAAUAAAUGCUUGGCUCCAAAACAAAAAUUUUAAAAAUUUCUUGACGUGUUUAUUGCAGAGGUCGUAGGUUUUGUGAGGCCCACUUUAAGUACUGUCCAAGUCCACAACACUCCAUGUAUGAGACAAUUUGCUGUACUGGUAAGCCGGAGAGUCUUGGCCCCUCGGUCUAAUGCGUUUGGAUUUUUUUCUGUUGCAAUUUAACUAAUUUUUACACCAGUUUCUCAGCUUAAGUACACUGACAAUGAGAGACAUUAAUUAAUAAUUUUCUUUAGAGAAACUUGAAACACUCUAAGUAACUCCUUGGCUAAUUGUAACACUCAAAGUCUAUCCUACUAAUUGUAACAAUCAAAGUAAAUCGUAGACUAAUUGUAACACUCAAAGUCUAUCCUAGACUAAUUGUAACACUCAAAGUCUAUCCUAGACUAAUUCCAACACACAAAGUCUAUCCUAGCUUAAUUGUAACACUCAAAGUCUAUCCUAGACUAAUUUUAACACUCAAAGUCUAUCGUAGACUAAACCUGGGAACGGGGAGGACAGCAAUUUGAGGGCGGGGGAGGGGGGUAAUGUGAGUAGAUCUCCCAUAAAGAUAAUGUGAGUAGAUCUCCCAUAAAGAUAAUGUGAGUAGAUCUCCCAUAAAGAUAAUGUGAGUAGAUCUCCCAUGAAAAUAAUGUGAGUAGAUCUCCCAUGAAAAUAAUGUGAGUAGAUCUCCCAUGAAAAUAAUGUGAGUAGAUCUCCCAUUAAAAUAAUGUGAGUAGAUCUCCCAUAAAGAUAAUGUGAGUAGAUCUCCCAUAAAGAUAAUGUGAGUAGAUCUCUCAUAAAGAUAAUGUGAAUAGAUCCCCCAUAAAAAUUAUGUGAGUAGAUCUCCCAUAAAGAUAAUGUGAGUAGAUCUCCCAUGAAAAUAAUGUGAGUAGAUCUCCCAUGAAAAUAAUGUGAGUAGAUCUCCCAUGAAAAUAAUGUGAGUAGAUCUCCCAUUAAAAUAAUGUGAGUAGAUCUCCCAUAAAGAUAAUGUGAGUAGAUCUCCCAUAAAGAUAAUGUGAGUAGAUCUCUCAUAAAGAUAAUGUGAAUAGAUCCCCCAUAAAAAUUAUGUGAGUAGAUCUCCCAUAAAGAUAAUGUGAGUAGAUCUCCCAUAAAGAUAAUGUUAGAAGAUCUCCCAUAAAGAUAAUGAUAGUAGAUCUCCCAUAAAGAUAAUGUGAGUAGAUCUCCCAUAAAGAUAAUGGGAGUAGAUCUCCUAUAACGAUAGUGUGAGUAGAUCUCCCAUAAAGAUAAUGGGAGUAGAUCUCACAUAACAAUAAUGGGAGUAGAUCUCCCAUAAAGAUAAUGUGAGUAGAUCUCCCAUGAAAAUAAUGUGAGUAGAUCUCCCAUGAAAAUAAUGUGAGUAGUUUUAUGUUGAGCUCAUUACCAAGGUUAAUGUAUAUUUGAUAUUGACUGUUAAAAAACACAACCCAUUUUAACAUUAGUUUGUCCGUACAUCAAGACAACCAAUGCAAUAUGAUCAUACAAAUUUAGAUGUACAAAAUACUUGCAGUGAGCGCCAGUAAGGGAAGUACCUUUGGAAGUUUUAAAAAACGUAUUUUUUAUAUUUGCACGUCUCAUAUAAGAGUUGUUGAAGUCAUAAAAUUAUUGUCGUUGCGACUUCAUAAAUAUGUAUUUUCCGAUGGUCUUAAGCGACCACUGUGUAAAGGUCGUUCGACCCACGAAGGAAUCGCGACUCACAGGUUGAGAACUGCUGGCUUAGACUAAAACUUAAGCCUUCCCUUUACCUCUAUAUUGGAGGGAUUUUAAUACUUAAUGCAUAACUUUCUUUAUUAUUAAACCGACCCAGAUGCAUGCGAAGGGGAGUUCAACUGCAACAUGUUUUUUGGACAUCCGUACCUCGGCGUCAAGCUGCCUGGGAUAGGGCUCUACAUGUUUGCCAUGCUGAGCCACGCUGUCUUCUGGUUCAUCAUCCUGGCACUUUUGGAAUACCGGAUCUUACAAUCCUUUUGGUAGGAACUGAUAAUAUAUUGCCAGUCUUGUGGAAGGUAUAGAUCAGACCAUGCCAGUCUUGUGGUAGGUGUAGAUCAGAUCAUGCCAGUCGUGUGGUAGGUGUAGAUCAGAUCAUAAUAGUCUUGUAGGAGGCAUAGAUCAUAUCAUAAAGUCUUGUGGUUGGUAUAGAUCAGAUCAUUCAAGUCUUGUGGUAGGUAAAGCAUUCACUUGAUGACCUCCAUCACUUGAUGACCUCCUUCACUUGAUGACCUCCAUCACGUGAUGACCUCCUUUACUUAUUGACCUCCUUUACAUGAUGACAUCCAUCACUUGAUGACCUCCUUUACUUGAUGACCUCCUUUACAUGAUGACCUUCUUCAUUUGAUGACCUACUUCACUUGAUGACCUCCUUCUCUUGAUGACCUCCUUCACUUGAUGACCUCUUUCACAUGAUGACGUCCUACCCUUGAUGACCUCCUUCACUUGAUGACCUCCAUCAGUUGAUGACCCUCUUUACUUGAUGACCUCCUUUAUAUGAUACCCUCAUACACUUGAUGAAAUACUUCACUUGAUGACCUACUUCACUUGAUGACCUCCUUCACUUGAUGACCUACUUCACUUGAUGACCUACUUCACUAGAUGACCUACUUCACUUGAUGACCUCCUUCACUUGAUGACCUCAUUCACGUGUUGACAUGCUUCACUUGAUUAUCUCCUUCACUUGAUGACGUCUUUCACUUGAUGACCUCCUUCGCUUGAUGAUCUUCUUUACUUGAUGACCUUCUUCACUUGAUGACCUCCUUCACUUGAUACCUUCUUUCACAUCAAAGUAAUGUAACAUUGUGCUAGGCUACACUUGAUAUCUGCUUAGCUCCUCUGUAGCUUCCUUAGGUUAUUUAAACUAUGACUUUGUUAAACUAGUCAAUUUACGAAAAACAGUGCAAAAGCAUGACAUGCACGUCCACCAUUGAACAUGUCAUGCAGGUCCACCAUUGAACAUGACACACACGUCCACCAUCCCCCCCCCCUCUUUUGACCAGCUCUUUUCUCGAUCCGCGUGCAUUCUUGUUUUGAUUGGCAGGGCCAAAGUGACAUACGGGGCAUUGCAGAUUUUUUGCAGGCGCCGUCACGACGUCACACAAGGGGCGUCUGGAACCAACACUCCGUCUCUGAUACAUUUUCAAACUCAAAACAGCUUUAAACUUUCAGUUAAAGAUAGUUUUCCCUUCGGCUUUGACAGAGUAGUGCAAGAUAACAGUGAGUAG